AUGAGCAUGGUAAAGAGCCUAGAGCCGCUGGAGCAGCAGCUGGCUUUGAUGGUGGCUGCCCAGGAGACUUCUCCGGCCCGGUCUUCCCUGGGAGAGGAGGGGCUGGGUUCUAUGAAGAACAACAAGAACCGUGGUGGGGACGAGGCAGAGUGCAGGGCAGAGCUGAUCCUUCUCAACGGGGACUGCACCAGUCCCACCACUGACUCACCUGCCCUGGGCUUGGAGGAGCAGAAUGGGAAGCCCAGUGCUGCAGACACUGGAGACCUGGGGCUGCCACCCCUGAAGAACAGCAAGAGGGUGAGCAAGGGAGACCUGCCCAAGGAGGACCUGUCCUGGCCACUCACUCUCACAGGGUCACAGGAGGCAGGCCAGAGCCGGCCCGAGGUGAAGAGCAAGGACGACAGCAGCAGCCAGGAGCCUCUCAGGGACCUGCCAACUCCUCUGCGGGUCUCCAAGCGCCGCUCGGCCGCGCCCACGCUGGUGACCAUCGACCUGACGGAGGAGGACUCUCGGGACUCCUCCCGCAGCAGCAGCACCCUGUCGGGCACCAGCUCCCAGGAGGGGCACAAUGGCACCACCGAGCUGGGCACCGAGGAGCAGGAGAGCAGGGACGUGGGCACAGCACUGGAGUACCAGGAUGGGAAGGAGUUUGGCAUCGGGGAGCUGGUGUGGGGAAAGAUCAAAGGCUUCUCCUGGUGGCCUGCGAUCGUCGUGUCCCACAGAGCCACGGCCAAGCGCCAGGCGGGCACGGGCAUGCGCUGGGUGCAGUGGUUUGGAGAUGGCAAGUUCUCCGAGGUUUCUGCAGACAAGCUGGUGGGACUGGUGGCCUUCAGGCAGCAUUUCAACUCCUCCACCUUUAACAAGUUGGUCUCCUACCGCCGAGCCAUCUACCAUGCCCUUGAGGUUGCCCGCAGCCGCUCGGGGAAGACCUUUUCAGCCAGCCCUGGGGAGUCCCUGGAGGAGCAGCUCAGGCCCAUGGUGGAUUGGGCACUCACUGGCUUCAAACCCACAGGUGUCAAGGGGCUGAGGCCACCCAAAGCCUCAGAGAAUGGAGCCCUGAGGAAUGGGACAGAGGAGGUGCAGUCCCUGGAACAGUACCCCCCCACCAAGAGGCUGAAGACCAACCUCUACAACAACAGCAAGGAGCAGCGUGUGGAGGAGGACCAGACCAGAGAGCAAAUGGUGUCUGAAGUUACCAACAGCAGUGGGAGUCUGGAAGACAGCUGCUUGUCCUGCGGGAGGAGGAACCCAGCCACCUUCCACCCCCUCUUCGAGGGGGGCCUCUGCCAGACCUGCAGGGACAGAUUCCUGGAGCUCUUCUUCAUGUAUGAUGAAGAUGGCUACCAGUCCUACUGCACUGUCUGCUGUGAGGGCAAGGAGCUGCUGCUCUGCAGCAAUGCCAGCUGCUGCAGGUGCUUCUGUGUGGAGUGUUUGGAGGUGCUGGUGGGACGAGGGACAUCUGCCAAGGCCAAGGAGCAGGAGCCCUGGAACUGCUACAUGUGCCAGCCCCAGGGCAGCUACGGUGUGCUGCAGCGGCGGCAGGACUGGAACGAGCGCCUGCAGGACUUCUUCACCAGUGACAAGGGACAGGAAUAUGCUGCACCCAAAAUCUACCCCAUGGUUCCAGCAGCAAAGAGGAGACCUAUUCGAGUGCUCUCCUUGUUUGAUGGCAUAGCCACAGGACACGCCAGAGUGGCCACCUCGAGCGGCGCCGACGACGGAGACCAGGAGGCUAAAGAGGGCAGUGGAAGCUCAGAGCUCUGUCCCUUGGCAGGCUACCUGGUGCUGAAGGACUUGGGCAUCCAAGUGGAGAAGUACAUCGCCUCGGAGAUCUGCGAGGAGCGCCUUGCCGGGGGCACCGUGCGGCAGGAGGACAACAUCACCUUCGUGCACGAUGUCAGGAACAUCACCAAGAGAAACAUCGAGGAGUGGGGUCCCUUUGACCUGGUCAUCGGUGGAAGUCUCUGUGAUGACCUCUCCCUUGUCAACGCGGCCAGGAAGGGGAUCUGUGAAGGAACUGGGAGGCUCUUCUUUGAGUUCUAUCACCUGCUCAACUACGCUCGCCCCAAGGCAGGAGAGGAGCGUCCCUUCUUCUGGAUGUUUGAGAACAUGGUGGCCAUGAGGGUCAACGACAAGAGGGACAUCUCCCGCUUCCUGGAGUGUAACCCCGUGAUGAUCGAUGCCAUCAAGAUCUCUGCUGCCCACCGGGCACGCUACUUCUGGGGCAACCUCCCAGGGAUGGACAGGAUCUUCGGCUUCCCCCUCCACUACUCUGAGGUGUCCAGCAUCGGCCGCGGGACUCGCCAGAAGCUGCUGGAGAGGUCGUGGAGUGUCCCUGUGAUCCGGCACCUCUUCUCCCCACUCAAGGAUUACUUUGCCUGUGAAUAG